CCGUGUUACCCCACAGGUGUUGUACAAAGAGGAGCUGGGGACAGGAACCCCAACACCUGUCACUCCUGAGAUUGAAAGAGUCAAACGCAAUCAAGAAAACUUUAGCUCGGUGUUGUACAAAGAGGAGCUGGGGACAGGAACCCCAACACCUGUCACUCCUGAGGUUGAAAGAGUCAAACGCAAUCAAGAACACAUUAGCUCGGUGUUGUACAAAGAGAGCGUGGGGACUGGAACCCCCACUCCUGUCACUCCAGAGAUGGAGAGGGUCAAACGCAAUCAAGAAAUCUGUAGCUCGGUGUUGUAUAAAGAAAAUAUAGGGAAAGCAACCCCAACACCUGUCACUCCCGAGAUGGAAAGAGUCAAACGCAAUCAAGAAAUCAUUAGCUCGGUUUUGUACAAAGAAAAUGUGGGGAAAGUGACCCCAACACCAAUCACUCCAGAGAUGGAGAGAGUCAAACGCAAUCAAGAAAUCAUUAGCUCGGUGUUGUACAAAGAAAACUUGGGGCGAGCAACCCCCACACCUAUCACUCCAGAGAUGGAGAGAGUCAAACGCAAUCAAGAACACAUUAGCUCGGUUGUAUACAAAGAAGGCUUAGGGAAGGCAACCCCCACAUCGGUCACUCCAGAGAUGGAGAGAGUCAAACGCAAUCAAGAACACAUUAGCUCGGUUUUGUACAAGGAACAUCUGGCAAAAGGAACUCCAACACCAAUGACUCCAGAGAUGGAGAGAGCUAAACGCAAUCAAGAAAACAUCAGCUCGGUUCUUUAUUCAGAUAGUUUCCGAAAACAAGUACAAGGCAAAGCUGCGUACGUACUGGACACACCUGAAAUGCGGCGUGUACGAGAGACUCAGAAACACAUCUCUACAGUGAAAUACCACGAAGAUUUUGAGAAAAGCAAAGGUAGUUUCACACCGGUAGUUACCGACCCCAUUACAGAACGGGUGAAAAAGAACAUGCAGGACUUCAGUGACAUCAGCUACAGGGGCAUUCAAAGGCGAGUCGUAGAAAUGGAGCGAAAGCGUGUGGACCAGGAUCAAGAGAAUCUCACAGGUCUUCGUGUGUGGCGCACUAAUCCCGGGUCAGUCUUUGACUACGACCCAGCAGAAGACAAUAUUCAGUCCAGAAGCUUACAUAUGAUCUCUGUCCAAGCCCAGCGCCGCAGCCGGGAGCACUCCCGCUCUGCCAGUGCCUUGAGCCUCAGCGGCGGCGACGAAAAAUCCGAACCCUCGGAUGGCGUGGAUCAACAUUUGUCCUACUACAGCAACGGGGGCUUCUUUGCCGCAACUGCAACAGUGGGCUACAAACAUGUUAAAACCAUAGAGUUACCACAACAACGGUCAUCGUCCGUUGCCACCCAGCAAACGACGGUAUCGUCGGUCCCUUCUCACCCAUCUACUGCUGGUAAGACCUACCGGGCCAUGUACGACUACAUGGCAGCUGACGCCGAUGAGGUUUCCUUCAAAGACGGCGACACAAUUGUAAACGUACAAGCAAUCGAUGAAGGCUGGAUGUACGGCACUGUCCAGAGAACCGGCAAGACGGGCAUGCUGCCCGCCAACUACGUAGAAGCUGUCUAAACCAAAACACAUCCUUC